GCAAAAAUUGAUGCUGAUCCGAAUUUAAAAUCGGCAAAUGUGAGAUUUCUUUCUAAAUUUAAUCCAAUUAUUAAGGAAUUUUUUGAUGCAUAUAAAGAAAAUAAAGACAUUUAUAUAAUUGCGGAACAUUACAAGCAGACGUGUGAUGCCCUAUUAGACAGAGUUGAAAAGGCAGAAGAAGUGAUUCAGGAAUCAUUAAAGCAAGAUAACAACUUAACCUUUUUUAAAAGAAAUUUUAUAGCAUUUAGAGAAUUCGUCAACACAGUUAAACUAAUUAGAAAUUUUACUAGUGAAAUCUCGCAAAUCACUGGACUUCAAAAGCACCUACAUUCUGGGACUGUUGAUCAAAAUUUUCAAAAAUUAAAAUUCGCUUUUGACAGACAUAUGAAAGAUUUUAAUUUUUCGAUUUCUAAUGAAAAUCAAUUUCAGACAGAAAAAGAUAAUGAGGCUCUAAAAAAAGACACAGAAUCCUUUAAAAAGAUUGCAUAUUUUGGAUUAAGUAGAGAAUUUGUUGAUGCUACCAGAACUGUUAACUUAAGUUUUCAAAAUAUUCGAUAUAUAGCUUCAGAGAGAUUGCUUGAUUUUAAACACAAAUACGAUAUUAAAUGCGAGGUGUAUAGUUUUGGUAUGCUUCUUUGGGAGAUUGCAGAAUUAAAGCUUCUAUAUGAGGAUGAAAUGAAUAUUUCAAAAAUUUGUGAAAAGAUUACUAAAGAACAAUAUUGUGAAAAGUUUUCUAACGCGUGCCAUCAAAAUCCAGAAUGUCGACCAUUUUUUGCCAACAUAUUUUUAACUAUUCAAGAGUUAAGCGAACAAAAAUUUAACCUAUUAAAUACAAGCGUUAAUCCGACUGAUGAACUUCAUAAUCAAGAGUCUGAAACUUUUUUAAAUUUUGAUGAACUUGGCUUGUUAGAAACUGAAAGAGAAGUACAUAAGAAACAGGCUGCUCAAUUAUUUAAAGAGGCAGCAGAUGAUGAUGAUAUGGUAGAUGCACAGUUAAAGUUUGAAGAUUGUAUAUUUAACAGUGUAGGAGCAAACAAGGAUGUAACAAAGGCUGUAGAAUAUUACAGAAAGGCAGCUGAUAAUAAUAAUCCAAUUGCAAUAUAUAAAAUAGGAAAUAUUUACUAUCACGGAGAUGGUGUUAAGAAAGAUUUGGCAAUAGGUGAAAAAUUUUUGAGGUUAGCUGCUUAUAAUCAGCAAGAACAGGCAAUUGAGAUUU